AUGAAGCUCUCGCAGAUAUGGAACGGCGCCAUGGCUCUGUCCAGGCUGCAGCUUCUUGGGACAGUUCUCUGCGCGCCGCAUGCUAGCGAAAAAUCCAAAUCCCCUGCCCCAGUCGUACUGAACGUCGAGAAAGAUGGCGGCAAUCACACGAAUCCGCUGCUGUACGGUAUCAUGUUUGAGGAAAUGGACCACUCCGGCGAUGGUGGAAUCCACGGACAACUGCUGCAAAACAAUGGCUUCCAGGGCUCCAAGCCGGGACUGACGGCCUACUGGGCUGUCGGCGACGUGGACAUCCUGCAAGACAAGGCCACUCCUCUCAGCGACGCCAUCCGCUCGACUUUGCAGGUGCAGGUGUCGCCAGGAGAGGCCGAGUUCGUUGGAUUUGCCAACGGAGGCUAUCAAGGCGUGCCCGUGAUGAACGCGACCUACCGAUGUGAAUUCUGGAUCAAGGGCGAAUACUCCGGUCGUGUCACGCUGCAGCUGGUGGGAACGUCCAGCGGAAUUGUCUAUGCGUCGCAUGGCGUCUUGACGAACAGCACCUGGCGACGAUUCACUCGGUACGAGACUGCCUUCAAUGCCACUGCCUCCCCCGACGGCGACAACGAGUUUCGACUGUUGUUUGACGGCUCGAAGGUCCCGGGAAUGUCGCUGAAUUUUGGCCUGGUACAGUUGUUCCCGCCAACCUAUCAUGACAGAGCCAACGGCUUGCGGAACGACCUGACGACGGUGCUCGAGGCGAUCAAACCGUCGUUUUUGAGGUUUCCCGGAGGGAACAACCUCGAGGGACUGAAGAUUGACAGCCGAUGGGCCUGGAAUCGGACGAUCGGUCCGCUAGUCGAUCGACCGGGAAGAGACAGCGACUGGUUCUACCCCAACACCGACGCCUUAGGGCUGGACGAGUAUCUCUGGUGGUGUGAGGACAUGGGCAUGGAGCCCGUGCUGGCUGUCUGGGCCGGCAAAUCGUACGGGGGCAUCUUGGUCGGAUCUGACCUGCAACCGUACGUGGAGGACAUCAUGAACGAACUCGAGUAUCUGCUCGGCCCGUCGAACAGCACGUAUGGCAGGGUGCGCGCCGCGAACGGACGAGAGAAACCCUGGCCGGUGCGGUAUAUCGAGAUCGGAAACGAGGAUGAUUACACCGGGGGAUGUGAGUCCUACCCCGAUCGCUUCACGCAGAUCUACAAUGCGAUCAUCCGCGAGCAUCCACACCUCACCAUCAUCGCCUCGACCAUUGACAGGAUCUGCCUGCCGCUGACGCCGCCGCCGGGCAUCAUGUACGACCACCACUACUACCGCAAACCGGACGAGCUGGUGGACAUGUUCAGCGAAUGGGAUAACUGGCCGCGAUCCAAACCGGUCAUGGUAGGAGAAUGGGGAUGUCGAAAUACCACCCACGACCGCGGAGUGUACUGGUCCUUCGUGCAAUGCAGCUGCAGCGAGGCCGUGCAUAUGAUCGGAAUGGAGCGCAACGCCGACGUGGUGAAGAUGUCGGCCUACGCGCCUCUGCUGCAGCAUUUCGGCUACACCCAGUGGUCGCCAACGUUGUACGGAUUUGACUCCAGCCCCGGAUCCAUCACGCCGUCGACGUCGUACUACGUGCAGAAGAUGUUCUCCACGAACCGGGGAACAACCGUGCUGCCCGUCAACGCCACGGCAAAUUUCGGACCUUUAUACUGGACUGCUUCAUGGGGAAAAGGCACGUACAACGUGAAGCUGGCCAACUACGGCGAGGAGGAGCAGACGGUCCAUGUCAGCGUGCCGGACACUAGAUCGGGGAGGUUGGAGACGCUGUCGGGCCCUCGCGACGCCAGCAAUCUGCCGCACAAUGUGACCAUCCAACCCCGGGUCCACAACGUGUCGAGCCGAACGGGGAAUUACACAAUAGACAUGGCGGCCUGGGGGGUCGCUGUGUUGACCGUCUGGUAG